CUCAAAACAACGAAUCCUUAUCGUAUCGCGCUACGCUCAUUGUCGUCGCUCUCAUUGAUCAACUGCGAACUCCUGAAAGCUUUACCGACGCCCAGUCUACCAGAUUCUAGCAGUCUCGUGCUUCUUUGAUUAGAACUAGCAUCAGUCAUUAUGGACGGUCUCACGCCUGCAGAGCAGAGAGAGCUGAACUCUCGAAUGGAGAGGAAGCAGAUGAAAGAAUUCAUGACGAUGUACUCCAAACUCGUUCAACGAUGCUUCGAUCACUGCGUCAACGAUUUCACCACAAAGUCCUUGAUCUCGCGAGAAGAGUCCUGUGUUAUGAGGUGUGUCGACAAAUACAUGAGAAGCAACGAGCGGAUAGGAGAACGGUUCCAAGAGCAAAACGCAGCAAUGAUGCAGGCAGGCAGCAUGGCAGGCCGAUAAGCUCUCCUUGCUCUCGUCGUCGACGCUUACACAGUGUACAUUACGGAGAGAACCUGGAAAACACAUGUGUGGUAUAGGAGUUUGGGCGUCUGGCUUGUUGUGCACCUUGGAUGGACUGAGAUCACUGUCGAUUUCAUGGUGCAUAUGCCUUUGAGUCAAAAUCAACACCGCUCACGAUAAUGAUAUACAAGCAAUUGAUUCAUCGGCAGAAUGAUUUGCCCUCCUCAUCCACAUGGGUAGGCAACCGCGAGCGAGACAGUGCAUGAAAAUGGUCCACCUAAUUCCACCAGCUGAGGCAGGGCGCGUUGUCAUUCCAUAAUUGGAAAUUUUCUCCGGCACGAAGCUGCUUCAGGCUGGCUGGGACUGGGGCAUCUUGGAGGGAAAUGGUGGACGAUGCGGAUUCUCCCGACAAGGCGGAAGAGCAUGGCAACAAUUCGUGAGGACAGCAGGCGUGAGCAGAGCGAGCUUCGCGGGGCUAAUACUGUGGUAGUCCACACAGGAAGAAUCCGGACUGCCACAGUACGCACAAUCGGAGUUUGCUCGUCUCGAGCUCAAUUAUUAUUGCACCCAUGAAGAUUCUCCCCACCUCAUAAACAACAACCCCACUUCGGCAGCAGAAACUGAAUGACAUAUGCCCGUGUGUUGUAUUCUUAAUCCUCUGACCAGGUUCUCCUCUUUUCGCUCCUACUAUUGACUAUUCUGUAUCUCAAAGUAGCUUCUCAAGAUGCCUGCCGAUACCGUUGGAAAGACCAUUACAUGCAAGGCUGCCGUUGCCUGGGAGGCCGGCAAGGACCUUUCGAUUGAGGAUGUGGAAGUAGCACCACCAAAGGCCCAUGAGGUUCGUAUCCAGAUAUACUACACUGGUGUUUGUCAUACGGAUGCAUACACACUUUCUGGAAAGGACCCCGAGGGUGCAUUCCCUAUCAUCCUGGGACACGAGGGUGCGGGUGUUGUCGAGUCCGUCGGCGAGGGUGUCACCAACGUUAAGCCUGGUGAUAACGUCGUGGCUCUCUAUACCCCUGAAUGCAAAGAAUGCAAAUUCUGCAAGUCCGGCAAGACCAACUUGUGCGGAAAGAUUCGGGCCACCCAGGGGAGAGGUGUCAUGCCAGACGGCACAAGCAGAUUCAAGUGCAAAGGCAAAGACCUCCUACACUUUAUGGGCACUUCAACCUUUUCCCAGUAUACCGUUGUGGCCGAUAUCUCGGUGGUCGCUAUUACUGACAAGGCUCCAAUGGACCGAACGUGCUUGUUGGGCUGCGGUAUCACUACCGGCUAUGGGGCUGCUGUCAUCACUGCCAAGGUCGAAAAGGGCUCCAACAUCGCCGUCUUCGGAGCGGGCUGUGUUGGUCUUUCAGUGAUCCAAGGUGCCGUUAAAAACGGGGCUGGCAAGAUCAUCGUCGUCGACGUUAAUGACAAGAAGGAGGAAUGGGCCAAGAAGUUUGGUGGUACCGACUUCGUCAACCCUACCAAGUUGCAAGGCCAGACGAUCCAGGAGAAAUUGAUUGAGAUGACCGACGGCGGUUGCGACUACACUUUCGACUGCACGGGUAAUGUUGGUGUCAUGAGAGCUGCUCUCGAGGCAUGCCACAAGGGCUGGGGUGAAUCCAUCAUCAUUGGUGUCGCUCCCGCUGGUGCCGAAAUCUCUACAAGACCGUUCCAGCUUGUUACUGGCCGUGUCUGGCGAGGCUGCGCUUUCGGUGGCGUCAAGGGUCGAUCUCAGCUACCAGGCCUCGUUGAUGAUUACCUGGGUGGCAAGCUAAAGGUGGACGAAUUCAUCACCCAUAGACAGCCUCUUUCGAAGAUCAAUGAGGCAUUCCACGACAUGCACGCCGGAGACUGCAUUCGCUGCGUGGUGGACAUGAGAAACUGCGAUUAACUACACUCGGGCCCCCCUGUGACUUCGAAACUAUGAAGAGACGGAUCUAUUAAGAUCUGAGAAUGAUGGAGGAAUUGGGGCGUUCACUUCGGACCGCCGUUGUAAUUUUUGGGAGCAUCAUAUGCACUCGGAUCAUGUUAGUAGGCGGUCGAAGGGUAUAAAAGCACUGAAGAUAACCAAACGAAAGCGGCUUGAGCUGAUUUCCUCCUGUGUCUUUUGUGCUAUUCUACCUGCUGCCUUUUUCAUGCUUUAGUAGAUGCGGGCGGUCGUGCCACACACAAUUAUCCUUGUGUCCGCAGCACUGAGAGAUGACAACGAAUGGCAGGUGCUCCCUGACAUCAUGGUCAUGCAGAAAGCUGCACAGCACUCAGGCCUCCCCUGAUCUCCAGACGCCAGUGUGUUACUAUGUACAUCCGUCUACAUCCUAGAGAAACAGCCUAAAAUGUGGCCAGCGUCUCUAAGGUAGAACUGUACCACAGUAGAUUUACUAUUUAUCCGGCUUC